CCUUUCUCUCCAUUGUCAAUCGCAAAACCACUCUUCCCCUCCCACAAUGGGUGCCGGCGCAAGUACUCCAUCGCCCCCUCCUCCAUCGCCCUCCCAGCCGGCAACAUGUCCGGUCGACCACAAAACCAGAGAAGUCUGGCUGCAACAGCACAAGGCUUCGGGCGGUGCUCCCCAUCCGAUGCCUCCGGACGAUGAGAAACCCAAGGAGAAAAUGCACCGUCCGCUUUCCACCGAUCGCGAAGUGAGCACGAUACCUCGAGCCAUCGACACUGCCGAGGCGAAACCAGCCCCGGAAGCCCCUCCGUCGCCAUAUGCGGCCGCAUCUGCUGCAUCGCAUGGAACCCCGUCGAACGCAGAAACCGAAACGGGCCAUGAUAAGAAUACUGGCAACUGGAUUUAUCCCUCCGAGCGUCAGUUCUUCGAAGCUUUAAUGCGCAAGGGGAACACCCCUUCGUCCACCAACUCCGCCUCCGAAUUAGCAACCUCGGUGGCAUCCAUCAUCCCAAUCCACAAUGCCGUCAACGAACGCGCAUGGCAUCAGAUUCUCGAGUGGGAGAAACAAGGUCCCCGAUCAGACCCCGGCAGCAAGAAAUGUGGAGGCCCGCGCCUGUACUCUUUCCGUGGCUUGGGCACGGAUCCUCAGUUCCUGAGCCCGCGUGCUCGCGUGAACAGCCUCAUGGGGUAUCAGCUACCUUUUGAUCGACACGACUGGGUGGUGGAACGUUGUGGCGGAGAGAGGAUCGAGUAUGUGAUUGAUUUCUACCAGGGGAAAUCCUCCGGUGGGAGUUCCUCGGGAGGGCUGGCGGCCAACGCCGGGCCCGGCAAGUUGAGUUUCUACUUGGAUGUUCGGCCGAAAUUGAACAGCUGGGAAGGCUGUCGGUUGAGAUUUAGUCGGUUUGCGGGCAUUUAAUAGGCACCUCGCGCCGUCCACUUAUCUUUGCAUGAUGCACAUAUAGAAGGCGAAACUGGAGUUUUGGGUUUCGGGUUCGGGCAAUGAUCUUGAUGUAUAAAGUCUUGUAUAACACAGAAGCUAUGUAUGAUACUCGUCUCUAGGGGGCGAAGACGAUCGAAGAACAACAAAUGCAGAUAGCACUUCCCUCAUCCAAAACG